GUGAUAAGGCCUACAUAAAACUGUUCUCCUCCACGAUUAAUAAUUACAUAAGGCCCAAUCCGACUAAAUGAACUACUUUUUACAAAAUUAAUACUUUUGAACUAGAAUAGUAGUAAUUCAUACAUAUUUUCCAACUAAAUAUGGAAGAUCUUAAAAUAUCUAUUAAACUACUUCUCAUUUCACUCAUUGUGUAUUCUUCUAUACUCCUCAUUCAGGAAUUGAGGAUCAAAGUCUCUGCAAUCUCGUGUGGCACGACAAAUUGUUCCGAUGACGGAGCUGUUGGACUCAAAACAGAACUGGUCACUCUCUCACAUUUCGAGCCAUGGGGGCUGACACGUUUCCAGAGUAUGAAACCUACACUUCCUGUAAUUUCGCAACAAAAUCCCUCAACAAAGCUUACACUUUCUGGCGCCUGCAUAUUUGUGAAUCAGACGACGUGCUCGACUGAAAUUCGCCUGGGUCGCUCGCCACAUUUGACGUAUGACAGAAUCCUGGAGCAUUUAAGAAACUGGGGCCACAUUCCGGUUUCCGAAAAUGCCACUGGAGACAGUACGAUUUCUGGUAAUAAUUAUAAUUCUGGGUGGGGAAAACUUGACGCUUAUGUAACGCUACUGGACAUGAUUGAAAGUAGUAUAUCAACAAAUUAUUAGCCAAUAAGCUUUUACAUACUCGAAAACUCAUUUUUACUACCAAAAUUGUUUUAAUAAAUAUGUGAAUACUUAUGAAUCUGUUU